AUGGAAGAAAUACUUCUUAUGAAUAGGAUUCAUACCAAAGUUCAAAAAGAAAUUCCGGUACUACAGGCUAAGAGAAAGUUCGUUGCUACUUCAAGAUUUACAGUAAUUCUUCCAGAGUUUAUACCUCAUAGUGCUAAAUUUAUGGACCAAGAUUAA